AUGUCUGUUAGUUAUUCAAUGAAUUGCAAAAUCAUUGCCUGGAACAUUGGAGGUGCGGGUAGCGCUGCAUCCUCCAGAGCUCUUAAGCUAAUCGUCAAGAAUUAUAAUCCUGACUUUUUGUUUGUUUUGGAACCGCAGGUGAGUGGAGGCUCUGCCAACAAAAUUUGUGAACGGAUGGGAUUCCCAAACAUCAUGAGAGUAGAAGCUGAGGGGAGAAAAGGAGGCAUCUGGCUCUGCUGGAAUGCUGCUGUUUUCCAGCUUCAAGUGCUCUCUGCGUGCUCUCAACAUUUGUCGGUUAUAGUCUCAGCUGGGUCUUCCCCUAAAUGGUUGCUUACUGCAGUCUAUGCUAGCCCCCAUCAGUCUCAGCAGCACAGUUUGUGGCGAGCUCUCCAUCAUACCAGCCAAUCGAACGAUCUGCCUUGGAUUCUCUCCGGGGAUUUCAACGCCAUCCUGAAGCCGGAGGAGAAAUCAGGCCAUCCCUCCCCUUCCACUCUCUAUAAAUGCAGAGUCUUCAGUGACAGAGUAAAUCAGGCCGAGCUGAUUGAUCUUGGCUUCUCAGGCCCGCGUUUCACUUGGACAAGAGGGGACAACCCCAACACGUACAAGGCUAGCCGCAUAGAUAGAAGCCUCUGCAAUACUAUGUGGAACUCGUGCUUCCCGAAUACUUCCGUCAAGCAUCUCCCCCGCCUCCACUCGGACCAUCACCCUAUUCUCACCACCAUUGGAAUCCAGGGAGUCAACUCCUCUGUUACUCGUCCUUUUCGUUUUGAAGCGGCUUGGCUAACUAGUAAUGUUUUUGACCAGGUUGUCGAGGGAGGAUGGGACCACCAGGCUAGCCUGCCGGCUGCCCUUGAGAAGAUGGCGACCAACCUCAACCACUGGAAUAAAACUUCUUUCGGGAGCAUCUUCCAUAAGAAGAGGAGGCUGAUGGCCCGUAUCCAUGGGAUACAGGAAAAGAUGGCCACAUCUUUUUCCUUGGGUCUCUUCAAGCUUCAAACCAAGUUAGAGAGAGAGUUGGACGAGGUUCUCGAGCAGGAGGAGCUCUUCUGGUUCCAACGGUCAAGGGAAAAAUGGGUUCAGCAGGGAGAGCGGAACACUGGUUACUUCCAUAAUCAGGCGAUCAUCCGCAGGCGCAGGAACAACAUUAACAGCCUCAAAGGAGCUAAUGGGGAAUGGAUCUCUGAUCCCCAGGAGCUAGCGGAUUGGGUUUUUAAUGUUUUUGCUUCGCUUUUUGUGCAGGACGACAACAACUAUGAGGAUCUCAUGCCCAGAGGAGCUUUCCCCCGCCUUAGCCAGGAAGAUUUUACCGCGCUGCUGAGACCGUUUGGAGCCGAGGACAUUUACCGGGCGAUUCAUGAGAUGAAGCCCUUGCAAGCGCCGGGCCCUGACGGUUUCCAUGCAGCCUUCUACCAGCGGGAGUGGAGAGUUGUGGGUAAAUCACUGAUUAAUAUGGCUAUGGAAUUUUUUAAUGCAGGUGGUCUUCCGGAGAAUGUCACAGACUCGACUGUGGUCCUCAUUCCUAAAGUGGAGCACCCGGAAAUGGCGUCCCAGCUCAGACCCAUAUCUCUCAAUAACGUCUGCCUGAAAGCGAUCACGAAGGCCAUUACCAACAGGCUGAAACCAAUCAUGAGGAAGCUGGUCUCCCCCCGCCAAAGCAGCUUUAUCCCGGGUCGUCAAACCACCGAUAAUAUCAUUGUUUUGCAGGAGGUCCUCCACACUCUUCGGAAGAAGAAAGGAAAAAGAGGAGGGAUUGUGAUGAAAAUCGAUUUAGAGAAGGCUUAUGAUCGGCUGAGGUGGGACUUCUUGCGGGACACUCUCAAGGAAAUGGGGCUCCCCAGCUCCUGGAUAGGGUGCAUCAUGUACUGCGUGGAGCAUAACAGAAUGCGCCUUCUCUGGAAUGGAGAGCUAUCCCAACCCAUCACCCCUUCCAGAGGGGUUCGUCAGGGAGAUCCUCUAUCCCCUUACCUUUUUGUCUUAUGCAUGGAGCGUUUGUCCCACCGGAUUGAUCGGGCUGUUCAGGAUAAGCUUUGGCGGCCGCUUAAGCUGUCCAAGGAUGGCCCGCCUCUCUCUCACCUGUUUUUUGCCGAUGAUCUUGUGUUGUUUGCAGAAGCAGGGGGGUCGCAGAUCAGAAUUAUUAAACAAUGCUUGGAUGACUUCUGUAGCAGCUCUGGGCAGAGGGUAAAUUUUCAUAAAUCAGCCAUGUUCGUUUCCGCGAACAUCUGCAGAAGACAGGCGAGAUCCCUGAGCGCGCGUAUGGAAAUCCCCCUGACGGUGGAUCUUGGGAGAUAUCUCGGGGUCAUGGCAAUUCAUGGCAGAGUGACUCGGGGCAGAUACCAGGACCUUUUUCUCAAAAUUCAGAGGAAACUAGCUCCGUGGAAAGCUAAGCAACUCUCUCUUGCUGCCCGUUUGACUCUUGUUAAGUCAGUUACUGCGUCCAUACCAGUGUAUCCUAUGCAGGUGGAGCUUAUGCCCAAAAUGAUCUGCAAGUCGCUGGAUAGAGUUAACCGUGGUUUCCUCUGGGGAGAUUCAGAAGAAAAAAAGAAGCUCCACCUGGUGAGAUGGCAGCAGUUGACCCUUCCGAAGGAGCAGGGAGGACUCGGACUGCGGCCUGCGAGAGAAGUCAACCUGGCAAUGUUAGCUAAGUGCGGGUGGAGACUUCUGACAGAGAAAGAGACUCUUUGGGCUCAGCUAAUGAGAUCGAAGUAUGGCAAGGGCAGGGAGAAUCUUGACAUCAUCAAACCUCUAAAGGGAAGUUCCUUUACCUGGAACAGCAUUUCCAAAGCUGGGGAUUUGCUGAAAAAGGGCUGUGGAUGGAAUAUUCAUAGAGGAAAUCUCACCCGCUUCUGGUCUGAUAUUUGGAUUUUGCAGGUUCCUCUAAAGGAAGUGGCUAUCAGCCCAAUCCCGGAGGAGGAGAUGAACGCCAUGGUUGCUGACUAUGUGGAUGAAGAAGGAACCUGGCUAACAGAAAAAUUCGAAGACUUCCUUCCGGAGAGUGUGACCCACAAAAUCACGGCGCGAGCGGUCGAUCCACUGACGGGAGAGAGCGAUGUCCUUUUUUGGCACCCCACUUCGGAUGGCAAAUUCUCAGCCAAAAGUGCUUAUCAGCUCACUCAACAGCCCACAGCUGGCGAGCCAAAUAGCCUGUGGAAGAAUAUCUGGAGUCUUCCAGUCCCGGAGAGAGUCCGAUGUUUUUUGUGGCUGGUGGCGCACGAGAAGGUGAGUUGUAAUGUUCAGCGGGUUAAAAGGAAAAUCACUUCCUCUCCUUUUUGUUACAGGUGCCAGUCUCAAGAGGAAACCAGUCUUCACAUUUUCAGAGAUUGCCCUCCUGCGGCUUUCUUUUGGGCGCGCACCGUCCCCACAGAGAAGCAAGGCGAUUUCUUCAGUAUGCAGCUCAGGCAGUGGCUUAUGGAGAAUCUGCAGACGGAGGAGACGCCGGGUUUGGAGACUCCUUGGAAAGCCUUCUUCAGCAUUGCGAUUUGGAGCCUUUGGAAGAACAGGAAUGAGGGUGUCUUCAAAGGGAGCGAUAAGACUCUGUCACCACCCUCCUUGACCCAGGCAAUCAAGAUUAAGGCGAACUUAUGGCACAAAGCUUGGAUGGCACCGAUGGACGUUCUCGGGCGCUGCUCAGCUCCAGCUCAUCGCACGCUCAGAGAUAUUGGAUGGAUUCCCCCUCCGGCGGGAUGGAUGAAGAUGAAUGUUGAUGGAGCUGCUAACGGGACUCAGGGACCGGCAGGUGCAGGUGGAGCUUUGAGGGAUCACCUCGGCCGAUGGAAUAAAGGCUUUGUCGUUAACCUCGGAACUUGUUCGGCGGUCCAAGCUGAACUGUGGGGCAUCUACCAUGGGUUGGGUGUGGCCUGGCAGGCUGGCAGCAGAACUCUCAUUGUAGAAUCAGACUCCCAGUUGGCGCUACAGCUUAUAGAGAAGAGAAACGAUCCGAUUCAUCCUCAAGCAGCUAUCCUGACCGCGAUCAGACGGAGGUUAGCUCAAGACUGGGUGGUAAAGCUAGUUCACACUUACCGUGAAGGGAAUAGAGUCGCGGACUGGCUCUCGAAGCACAGUCUCGUCUAUCCCUAUGGAAAGUGUGUUUUGGAUUUACCUCCCCAAGGGCUCAACUCUAUCCUUAGUGAUGACACCAGAGGCCAAACUUUUCCUAGAGAAGUUGUAGACUCGGCUAGAGCUACUCCAUUUCUGUAA